GUGGGAUUGAGAGGAAAGGAAAAGUCAUUGCCUUUGUACACGCUGUCUCCUAUAUGGCAGCAACUACGGGAAAACUGAAUUUAAAACGGGAAGUUGGAUUAUUUAGUGCUGUUUCUUUAAUUGUUGGAACGAUUAUUGGCUCUGGCAUCUUCAUGUCCCCUGAAUGGGUCCUACGAUACACUGGGAGCCCUGGAGCCAGCCUUUUGAUUUGGAUGGCCUGUGGAUGUCUGAGCAUGGCAGCUGCUCUCUCAUACGUGGAAUUAGGGACAGUGAUAAAAGAAUCUGGAGGUGAAUAUAUAUACAUCUUGAGAAACUUCGGGCACGUCCCAGCAUUCCUGUAUUCUUGGACCUCUGUAUUUGUGGCCAUUCCUUCUUCUAUUGUGGCAAUGUCCUUGAGCCUAGCACAGUACAUUGCAGCACCAUUUUUUGGAGAAUGUCCACCGCCUCCUGCUGUAGUGAAGUGUACAGCUGCAGCUAGCAUUUUAACUAUAGCUAUCAUUAACAGUCUUAAUGUGAAACUGGCAACCCGCAUUCAAAACAUCUUCACUUUUGCCAAAAUACUGUCCCUACUUGUAAUUGUAAUAGGUGGAAUGGUAUUGAUCAUCAAUGGACACACAGAGAGUUUUCAGAAUGCUUUUCAAGGAACAAGAGGAAUACGCUCAGUUGGAAUCGCUUUCCAACAAGGUCUGUGGUCCUACAGCGGUUGGAAUAAUUUAAACUAUUUGACUGAGGAAAUUAAGCACCCUGAGGUCAACUUGCCCCGAGCUAUACUGAUUUCCCUUCCACUGGUGACAUUGCUUUAUGUUCUGGUAAAUGUGAGCUACCUCGCAGCCCUGAAUCCAGCUGAGAUGAUGUCAUCUGGAGCUGUGGCUGCAACAUGGGGAAGCAAAGUCUUGGGCAGCUGGGCAUGGAUCGUUCCACUGUCAGUCGUACUUUCCACAUUUGGGUCUAUAAACGGCAGUUUCUUCACUAGUGGUCGCAUUUGCUACAUAGCAGCCAGAGAGAAUUCAUUGCCAGAUAUUCUCUCCAUGGCACAUGUGAACCGGCUGACACCUUUGCCUGCUCUUUCGUUCAUAGCAUUCAUUGCUUUGAUAUUGCUAAUCCCAGGGGAUUUUGGGUCUAUCGUCGAAUAUUUCAGUUUUACAACAUGGAUUUUUUAUAGUAUGUCGUUUGCUGCAUUGGUGUACAUGAAAAUAAAGAAGCCACAUCUUCCUCGACCUUUCAAAGUGCCAAUGGCUCUACCAGUGUUCAUGCUAAUUGUUUCGAUCUACCUGGUGAUAGCGCCGCUCAUUGAAAAUCCUGAGAUUAAAUACUUGUUUGUGGGUUUGUUCAUGUUGAGUAGUAUAUUGAUUUACUUCCCACUGAUUCGCUUCAAACGAUGUACAUGCUCAGUGGAGCGCAUCACUGUGCGUUUGCAGCUGCUGCUGCAAGUAGUGCCAACAGAAGCAAACUUAGAUUAAUUGGUCAAAAAAUAAAAUUGCAGAAAUUGGCAUUAUUUAGAUCAGUGGUUCCCAACCUGCGGUCAAUGGUAUCAAUCUAUGGCUUAAAAAGUGUUGGAAAUCCCUGAUCUAGAUGGAAUAGAUGACGGUAGCAAAAUUCAGCAGGCCAGUUGUCAUGAGUAGAAAGGGUGGACAAGAUAUUCCAGCAUCAUAAAACUUAGUAAAUGUUAUUAUCUAGGACUCUUUCACAAUGAUAAAAAGCAACAUUUGAUUUGUUCUGUGUAUUAUAAACAAAAUUACCAGUAAUGCCUUUGAAAAUGUUAUAUUUAUUGCUUUAGCUACCAAUAUCUCACAUCCAGGCCAUUUUACAGCAAAUCAGGAACACAUACCAUGAAUUAUAGUUAUCCAUCUGUUGCUUCUUCCACCAUGCCCCUGUCUUAAUCACUAGUACCAUCAGGUUUGGGAGUUGAUUUCAUUUGUAAAAUUCACAGCAACUGGAGCCGACUGUAUUUUUAAACAAACAUAAGUUUAAUACUUUAAUACAAUUCUGUCAAGAAAAUACAUAUUAAUUACAAUAGUGAAAUGUUUAUUAAGUUUGCUCAAAGGUGAUGUGAAUAAAGUUAGUGUUUCACAAAGGCAAACAUGUAGAUUUGCAAAAUUUCCUGCUGCAAUCACAUAGGUUAUAUUUUCAGAACCAGUAGCUAUAUUUCUUCUGACUUUUUAAAAAAACUAGUAUUUCCUUAACUAUUCCUAUCUUAACCACACUUGAAAUUAAUUGUUAUUGCCAGAUCUGAAGCAAAUUUUUCAGUCCUGAUUUUCACCAGAGUUGCUCUAGAAUUCCAGGACAAACCAGACAAAUUUCAAAUGUUAGCUUUAUUAUGGAACCACAAUCCCAGCCCAACCUGACUCUGUGAUGCAAACUCUCUACUUAUUAGAGAAAAAAAACAGGAAAAGGUAUGCCUCAACACACAUAAAAGUUGCUGGUGAAUGCAGCAGGCCAGGCAGCAUCUGUAGAAGAGGUACAGUCAACGUUUCAGGCCGAGACCCUUCGUCAGGACUAACUGAAGGAAGAGUGAGUAAGGGAUUUGAAAGUGGGA